CACACUUCCAAAAAGCGGUGCGCAGGAACGGUAUCUGUGCCGGUUAACGUGGCUGAUUUGAUUGUGAAGGAAAACCACAAAUGCUUAGUCAUUAGCGUUCAUUAUGGAGGGCUUACACUGUGAGCCUUGUCAAAUUCGAGGGACCAAAAACAAAGCACAUAAAGAAGCAGAGGCUUUGGAAGAGCGCCCCCUCCCUUCUGAGACUUGGAGCAACAAUUCAAAUAAAGCUACAGGACCAGGACCGGUCCAUUCUUCAGAAGUGGUUGUUGAAGGCUCUGCCAUUUCCAUUCCUUUCUCAGAAACUUUGUUGGGUUUAAUUGUGAAAAUGCCAGCAUCAUUGCAACCUGUGUGCUGCGCUGGUAGUCCAGUUCUGCUGCCAGUCCAGGUGCAACAAGCAGGGGAAAUAGAACCUGAAACAAUAGCCACACCUGUAAUCACGCCUCCACUUGGCAGUCACACUCUACCAUUGAUUUUUGAUCAGCCACAGGUACACUAUAGCCUGCUGGAGAAUAAUGGACUCUCUCAGAACCUGUCAUUGACAAUCGAUCAGUCUCACAGUUGCAAAGGGAAGUCUGAGAACACUGCCAUGUACAGCUCUGAAUUCAUAUCAUCUUUACAGCAAUUGUUUAGCUCUCCACAUUGUCGAGGGAGUAGUUCAUUUUCAUCAAAUGCCUUUGGUGCAAGUUUCAUCCCUCCAGAUAGCACUUUGUCACACCUCUAUACUGGUUCCCCACCGGUUUCCCUGCUUCCUCCUGCCACCUUGCUGGUACCCUUUCCAUUUGUCGUUCCUUUGCCAGUGCCUCUACCUAUACCAAUCCCAAUCCCAUUCAUCCCAGACUCUUGCCUCUCUAGACCAAGUCAUACCAUUAAAACAAGCAGAAGCACCCAGACAGAAUAUAUUUCAGUUUGUACCCACAACAGAAUGUCUGGCUAUGAUUUCCUGCAGUUACCAAAACAACCUUUCCAUCCAGUUUCUCAGGAAGAAGUGCUCGACCUCACAGUUAAGGUUGUGCCAAUGCAAACAAAUCGGGAAGUCCAGUUCCAUCAAAACCAUGCUCUGGACCUUUCUGUUGCUAACAAAUCGUGCUUUAACACCAACCUAAUUCAUCAUGGAAGAAAUUCAGGAAAUGUAGAUUCAACAAAGCUGAUUCUGCCCAUGAAGUAUUCACCAACUCAAGCGACCAAUCAGCCUAAUGGUUACUCUGACAUGGAAUUUAGCAUGCACUACAAAUGGACAACAGAAAAGCGAUAUGAAAAAUAUUCUUUAAAAUAUUCUAACCAAAAUGGCAGCGUUGUGUCUCCAAAGCACAUACCAAGAGUCACUCAGUCUACUAAGGACGCCUCGGGCAGGAUUUGUGAGCAAAUAGUACGGUCGCCACCGGGACAAGUCUUAAAGAAAAAAAUAGACAAGAAGAAGAGAUUGAACUCUCAGAAUAUUAACAAUUCUCCAAUCAAGAAACAGCAUUUGAUGUCAUUUUGUUCUAGCAAGUAGAUUCCUGAUUGAGAUAUUGGAUUGAGCUUUUGCAGGAUCAUUCUUCCUUGCAACCGGACUGCAUUGGUGGUAGUCUAGUCAAGCUACUUCACUUUAGCACUGAUCUCAGAUCAGCCAUAUCUGCCAUACUUAAGCCCUCGGUUCCUCAUGUACAAUCCUGGGACUGCAGAACUGUGGACUUUCUAAGAACCCACCAAUAUUCUUUUUUAGCUAUUUUCAAUUGUUUCACUCUUGAACAAGGCAAAAUAUAUAUGUAACAUGUAAAAAUGUUUCUUUUUAGUAGACUGGGUUUGUGUCCUUUGCGUUUUUGUGCAAGCCGACCUGGAAGUGAGCCUCACUCUGGUUCUCUCAACAAAAUGCGGUAGCAUUUUUCCACUGGCUUUUAAAUUACUGCAGAAACAACUCUGCGAUCAAGAAAAGUUUAUUUCUUAUUCAUUUAUACUUAUUUUACUUAUCAAGAUCUUAACAACCGAACAAAAUAUUUAUGAAAUCGGAAACCUACAUACAAUAAAAGUAAACACCAGUUAUUCUUUCAAUAAAUUAUACCACUGACAUGACUUUAAUGUCACCAUCUCUAAGCUGCUGAUAUCUCUUUCAAACUUUAUUUAAAGACGUUCUCUGAUAAGUAUCUGUGUUCUUUUUGUGGAUGGAUCUGACUGAGUAAGAUGUGUGUUAUUUGUAUGCACACAGCAAGGCUGUAGUAGAUGAGUUUAAUGUCCCUGACCACCCGAGUAGUUCCAUUCAGCUAUCUCUGAUAGCUGAAUGGAACAAACAAGCUAACUCCUUUCCAGGUU